UUCCUCUCCGGUCUUCCCAUGGAAAUUGAUCCCCUUCCAAACGGCACCGAUUCCACCGCCACAAUAACCACCGGAACCACCAUAACGACAGCCGCAACCACCGCCGCAUCAAACACGGCUCCCUCGUCCAAACCGAGCCAGCUGACGGAAUCGUUGAAAUUAGAGCACCAAUUCCUGCGUGUUCCCUUCGAACAUUUAAAGAAAACGAUCCGAGCAAAUCAUCGAACCGCCGAGAAAGAAGUCUCCGCCGUCGUUUCAAGCGUCGCUGACGUAGCUGAAAGUAACGAACUCUCCAAGGACGACGCGGUUUUGAGUCUUAGUUCCCUUGUUUCUCGUUUGCAAGGCCUCAAACGCAAGUUGGAAGAGGGGAGUCGAACAGAGAACUUGCAGGCACAGAGGUGUCGGGCUCGUCUUGAUCACUUAGAAUCUGUGGACGCUGAGAACCUGUCAGAAUGGAAUAACGUGAGAUUAAAGCGUAUCCUUGUGGACUACAUGUUGCGUAUGUCAUAUUAUGACACUGCUAUGAAGCUGGCCCAAAGUAGCAAUAUAGAGGAACUUGUUGAUAUUGAAGUUUUCCAAGAAGCUAAGAAAGUCAUUGAUGCCCUUAGAAAUCAGGAUGUGGGUCCUGCCCUUGCCUGGUGUGCAGAUAACAAAUCACGGUUGAAGAAGUUCAAGAGCAAAUUUGAAUUCCAGUUGAGACUUCAGGAAUUCAUUGAGUUGGUACGAGCUGAAAACAUGCGUGCUAUUUUGUAUGCUCGAAGGUACCUUGCACCAUGGGGAGCUAAUCAUUUGAAAGAAUUGCAGCAAGUCAUGACAACAUUGGCCUUUAGAAGUAAUACUGAAUGUGCAAAGUACAAGGUUUUGUUUGAUCCAAAGCAGUGGGACUUCCUGGUGGAUCAGUUUAAACAGGAGUUUUACAGUUUAUAUGGCAUGACCGAGCCAUUGCUGAAUAUUUAUCUACAAGCAGGCUUGUCCGCAUUGAAAACUCCAUACUGUUAUGAAGAUGACUGCACCAAGGAGGACCCAUUGUCACUGGACAACUUCCGGAAGUUAGCAAUGCCAUUGCCCUACUCGAAGCAGCAUCAUUCGAAGCUUGUUUGCUACAUAACCAAAGAGUUGAUGGAUACAGAGAAUCCACCUCAAGUCUUACCAAAUGGCUAUGUCUACAGCACUAAGGCUCUCAAAGAAAUGGCCGAGAAAAACAACGGGAAAAUUACAUGUCCAAGGACGGGUCUGGUCUGCAAUUAUUCUGAACUGGUUAAGGCCUAUAUCUCAUAAAUCUUGCACGGUCAAGACUGCAAAGGUAACAAAAAAGGAACCCUUCUUGAACUGUUUCCUCGUGUUACUGGUAAUCUUCUGCAUUAUCUAUAGAUAUUCAGCUGCUUUCGAAAUUUCCAAAACAUCGAUUUAAGAACUGAACACCAUAAUUCUUCUUGCACCUUAAACUUGUUAGGGUAUAUAAUAACUUACCUAAUGUAAAUAUGCAUCUGAAAGUCACAUCGAUUUAACUUUCGAUUAUUUUACUAAUUUCAUGUAGAUUAUCAUUGUAGGAGUAGAGAUAUCUCGAGUCACUUUAGGAACAAGGAAAGAGGAUAACACUGUCUUGGCAAAGAACAAAAUCCCUUUCGAGUAAUUGUGAUUCAUAUAUGAGUUGAGCAACUUCUUCAAGUAGGUCAAAUUCUGUAAAAUGUCCCCUUAUUUGUUUUUAUGGAUUUGGUCCCUCUACUAUAAUCUGAUCAUUUCAUUUUUCAUUUAA